UACAAGUCUGACUUCAGCAGGGAGCGCACCGCACUCUUGGAUUACACUCAUCCAUCACAGAAGGACUACAGUUUGUCUUCAGAGCAGCACAAAGCUCCACAAACAACGGCAGCAUGGGGAGCAGCAUGUCAUGUAUCCCCCAGCACAACUUAAGAUUCUCCAGCAAGAGUUUCAUACGCAGAAACAGCAGUCGCCUGUUUCGCAAGAAGAAUCCCCAAGAGGGACAGGAGAAGUCCAACAGCAUUAUCAAUAUCCUGUGUACCGUCACCCCCAGGAAGGAAAUGUCCUCUAAAGAUCUGCAGACUAUAGAGAACAUAAAAUGGGAUCCUCCGUAUGACCCGGCCAGCGGCUGGAAGAAAAGCAGCAUCAAUGUGAAAAAUUAUGGACGCAUGAUUCACAGCUCCAAAGUUCGUUUCCGCUUCCUGCACUGCCAGGAUGUACAUGACUGCUACCUGGAUCUCUUCCAGACACACCUUCAUUUCGUCUCCAACAACACAACCGGAUUGACAUACCAAGGAACUCUUCCGUUGAAAGAACUCACCAUCUGCAACCUGCAACAGAACUGCAACCACAGCCAACCCCAGGAAUUUGCCUUUCAAAUAAACGGUGUUAGCCUUAACCCAAUCAUCGUAUACUGUGCCAACCAAGAAGAAAUGGACCUGUGGUUUGGCCUGCUCAAAGAAAACAUUGAGGCCAAUGGAGGAACUGCAAUUGCACCUGAAAACUACACCAGAGUGAAAAUAAACCAGAAGGAGACCCUUGAGGGCAGAGAGGAGCUGAGGAACUCCAUCAACAGGGAGCCCAUCUACGAGUGGGAGGGCUCUCAGCGGGACAGCCUGGGUACCAUAACCUACGUCACUAAAGUCCGACUGCAGCACCUGCCCUGUCAGGAACAGAGUGACAGACUCCUGGUGAUGUACCCAUCGACACUGAUCAUCCUAUCAGAGGAGAAUGAUGGGCUCUUCUACAAGGGGAAACUUCCACUCAACAUGAUUACUGUGACCACACCCUGCCAAGACGUGAAGCCAAACACUUUUAUGAUUGAAGGGAAGCUGAUCAACCCCAUAGUGGUGUCGUGUCUGGAUAGGUCUGAGUUCUGUGACUGGAUUCAGAAUUUCAAAGCUGCUGAUGUGCCCGUUCUCAGCCCUCCGCCCCCCGUGUAUGACAUCAUCUACACCCCAACACAGAGAGAGGCUCCUCAGUUUGACAGGUGGAGUGGAAACAGCCAAGGCCGGAGUGAGUCUCUUAAGUUCCGACAGUCACCGAGUGGACGUGUGUCCCACAACCUCCAGUUACCCAUUCAUGAGGACAACCCUCUCUCGCCAGGAUACUCUGAACCCCUCUGCUACAGUCACUCUAGUCGUCCCUCAUCGACUGAGACCGCCCGCCUGGGCAGCAGGAACAACAGCGUGUCUUCCCACACCAGGCUCGAGCGUGACCUACGACCUUCGUCACUGCGCUACUCCUCAUCCCAGCGUGGUUCCUAUCUCCAGCCCGUUGAGACCACAGUGCUGUCUCAGAUCUACAGCACACCAUACUCUGCACUGCAUCGUGCCAGUCCACAGCGGCUGGAGAAAGCCCCGCUUGUCAAGUCUAACAGCUGGAGCACCCCUCAGACAUCCCUCAGUUACUCCAUGAAUUCCCCCCAGCGUCACUCUGACAUGUGCGCCACACGACAACCGCUGUCGCCCCUGUACGAUGAGCCCUGCAGCCCCGAAAUCUACUCCCUGGAUGAGGCAAGGCCAGUGCAGCAGAGCUGGCAACAGCCAAUUCAGCACCAUCACCAGCAGCAAGGUCCCCAGCUCUUACCCUCCACCUUCCAGCUCCGCACCCCUCCCAUGGGCAGGCGCUGCAGGAGAAGCCUGGUCUUGACCAACUCCCAGGGACAAUCUCUGGGCCUGGAGAUGGAGACUCCUCAAAACCAAGAAGAGCUGAGAGCCGAGGCCGUGUCGAGGCUUAAGCUGCUGCCUGCACCCAGCCAAGCGCAAGAGCAGAUCGUCCUCCCACUGAGCUCUGCAAGGAACACCUCCCAGAUGCCUUAUGGUUACUCACCAGAUCACCACUCGUACCUUGAACCCACAGAGCCAGAUGACCAGGAAAUGGACUAUGACAACAUUUGGGAGUUCGACUGUGAUACUGGAAUGAUUCAGCCAACGUCUGGAAUUUCGACACACUGGACAGGAUUAGACUUUGGGGCCAGAGGCCUUGGUGCUAUGGCAACCCAGCAGAGAUGGUCAUAAAACAAAACAAUAGCCCGGCACUCGUCUGGACGUGUGCAAACAACAGAUCUGUAUCAGAGAGAUAAUAAAAGCGACCUAACAGAGCCUGUUGCUCCUGCUGCUUACAGUAUGAUCUAACAAAUCCCAUGAACUGCUUUGUUACAUGUUGAGUGGUCAAGCAGAGAAUUGAUGACUGCAGGUACGAAGACGAAUGGGCUAAUAACAAAACAUUAUGAAAGUGAUAUGUAGCAUUCAAGAGAGAAGAACAGGGUAUACAUACUGUACAGUUUUUAUGUUAUUUUUAUUCUAUUAUAUUAUUGCACUAAAGGUUUAAUAUGUAGUGCAAACCUCCAGUUUUUUAAAUAUUUAAAGUAUUUUCUAACAUGCUGUCCGGUUUUGUUAUAUGAGUAUUGUUAUAUUUUUGUUUUCUUUCCCAUUACAGCUAUAAAAAGCAUUCCAUCAGGGCUUGUUAUAGUAAAGGAUGUAUAUUUUUGUAAAUGUUGUAGAUUUAUUAUGUCAUUGUGUUACAUCGAGGUAAAUAGAGGUGGCUUCAACUGACGACCCUAAAGGUGCUAAUAUUACUAUCACUAGUACUGAUACCUGUGUGGCUUCCUUUUUUCAUUUUUGUUUGAGGUGUUAAUUUAUAUUUGGAAAUAAAACUAGAAA